ACUCGCAGUCCCUUUUAUUUCCCACUCCUUAUUUGGGCUCUUCAUUAUAUAUAAUGGCGCCCACAAGUCCUGCGUCUCUUGAACAAGGAAAGGGUAAACUGUCUUUUGCAAAGGUGUCGCGGCAUCUUCCUACGCACCUAAAGAUGACACGAACCCCCCACAGAAUGGAAUGAUUGAUGCUACUAGCGAGAAAUCUCCCGUUCAAAUAAUCAACUCGGAGCGAUCCGUCUCCUACCAUAACGAUGCACCAACAACUCGCAAAGACAAUGUCGCAGACGACCAAGCAAACGGAGCCGCUGGUAACACAGCUGCUCACAGUUCUCAAUGGGCUCAGGUCGCUGAUCAGCAAAAUGCCGCCCAGUUAGGAUUGAAGGAGGAAGAAGCGCAGAGGCGAAAUCCGUCCAUUACCCUGGUGAAACCACCUGGGAGCGAGGACAAUGGCACACAACUUUCAUCCUCCGAUGGCUCGGGCAAGCCACCCAGUCUUGAUGGCAAGAGCGUUGCAUCUGGAACGACAUUCGCGUUGGAUGAGAAGGAGUCCCUUCGGCCAGAUGACAGCGCAAGCCUGAGGGCCGUUGAGGAAGAGGAUGUCAUGUCGCCUCCCGACUCUAUUGCCGCCGGUUCUCGUGUUGGGUCUGAUAGCGGUGGCGCCCGUGCGUUUCGGGACCAGCUCCAUGAGAUAGCGAUUUCUCAGCGAGCGGCGCCUCCUGGACGCUUUCCCAAUGCUGUCUCCCACCACCAUGGCCACACACUCUAUGACCCAAAUCAGGCACCUAAUGGCAUCGGACGGCCUAUGUCACAACCAAUAGCUAACGGGAUGGCCACUAUGGGCCUACCACAGUCACUGCCUGCGAUUCCGGAUGAGAAGCUCAUGGAGGCGUUAGAGUCUCCCAGAGAUCGAUUGUUCGUACUGAAGCUGGAGCAGGACUUCAUUGACUUCAUAAAGGACUCACGAGAAACGGAGCUUGCGUUGCCUCACUGCAAUGCAUUCUACAGGAUGUUAGCGCAUCGUCUUGCAGAUUAUUAUCUACUCGGGCAUAUUGUCGAUGACACUAUGACAGGGGUUAAGAUCUCGAGGACUUCUUAUUGCAGAAUCCCUCCGCCGCUCUCUGGGCUUCCUGUCUCCUCUAAAUCUGCCAAUACCCCGCCGGUUGAUCUUCCAGCUCGCAAGAUCAUGCGGCGCGGCGAAGAUGGAAAGUCCGGGACGAACACCACAGCCAAUUCCGAAGGACCCUCCCAGACCACUUCUGAAGCCGGCGGUGGAAGUGGCAGCGACGGUGGCAAUGAGCCUGAGAGUAAAGAAAAAUCUGCUCUGACUCGAGAAGAGCGCGAGGCUCGCUACCGCGAAGCUCGACAGCGCAUUUUCGGCAAUGCGGAACCCGGGGAGGGCGAAUCGAGCGAGUCUGCUGGGAUCGGAGAGGGAAAGGAUAUGUCCAGAUCCAGCUCCGCGUCAGGAAAGAAGAAGAGCAGGAAGCAGCGCAACUAUGAAGACGAUUUUGAGGCACGAUCCCGCUUCAGCGCGUACUACCCCCAGCCCUACCCCAUUCCAGCAUUUGGCGGCGAUCAAACUAUGUACUAUGGUGGCUUACCGGGACCAAUGCAUGGUGCACAAUAUCCCGGGAUGAACCCCAACAUCACGCCGUCAUCGAACUACAACACUGGCUAUUCAGUCAUGGUGUCCCAGGAUGCACAAACUCAGUAUGGAUGGACGGGACAGCAGUACCCUUCUCCAAACGCACCAAUGGCCUACCCCAACUAUGGCGCUGCUAAUGGUUAUGACCUGUCCGCCGACUUCCAGCGCGGAAUGCAAUCGUUCCAAACGGCCGGCAUGUCCUCGCAGAUGACUCCCAAAAUGGCCAAUGUGCCCGUGGCUCCUUACCAAGACACCUAUCAAUCCCAGCCUAUGCCUAUGAAUGGUGACUGGAUGCAGAUGAAUCAACCACCAACCUACCCCAAUGGGCAGCCUGCUUACUCCCAGGGCUCUCCUGCUCCUCGUCCGUUGUGUACUCCGAUGCAGGGCAACUUCGGUCACCAUUCGUACGGACAAUUCUCUCCCUCAUCACAUAACGGCAUGUCAAACCGUAAUCAACAUCCCCCACCCGGGAGCUUCAAUCGACAACAGUUCAACCCGCAAAGCCAGGCAUUCAUCCCCGGUGGCCGUCAUGCGCCGUAUCAAAUGCAGGCGAAUAUGGGCCCAGUGCCCGGUCAAGGAAUGAACGGCUUCGCCAACUACCAGAUGCCAAUCUCAAACCAAGCCAAUAACCAGAUGCUAAAUGCCAGCCCUCCCGUGGUACAUCCACCCAUGUACGGCUCGCCGACAAACCACUUGAGCAACAACAUCACGCCACCAAAAUCUAACCACAUGGCACCAUCCCUGACUGCCAAUCUGUCUUCCGCUAUGCAUCGAACUCCGUCUGGGCGGGGGGGAUCAGGCUCGAUCCCGGCGCAGAGCAGUAUUGCCAAAUAUGGUACCCCGUCCCAUCUCCCACCAAAACCUCCUGCGCCAGCACAAAACUCGUCGUCCAGAUUUGCAAUCACGGGGACGAACGCUAAUUCGCUGCCUCGGCUUGCAGCGAACAUACCACCUGCGCACUCCACUACUACGGUGACGAUGAGAGGAGGAACUGGGCAAACGACUGAGAAUACGGGAAAUACAAACGACAAUAACGGUAGCAGCAACAAGGGUAGCAACAACAAUGAUGGCAGCGGCAACGGCAGUGGCAACAAUAGUCCCAAUGGCGCGAAUGGAAAUCAAUCAUGAUGCUUA